UGGAGAUGGUGAGUGUUCCGGGAGCAAGUGUUCAUCAGGACGGGGAGACUGUGGCCUGGGAACCGAGGGGACAUGAGGAGAGAAAUGCGGUGAUGGAAGCUCGGUCCCGGGCUAGAGAUGAGAAAGCUGAUGGGUGGAGGCCGAAUGAAAUCGUCUGGAGAAACGUUAUCCUCAUGGCCCUUCUGCACAUCGGGGCGGUAUAUUCCCUCCUUGUUAUCCCCAGAGCGAAGCCCCUUACCUGGGUAUGGUCCUAUGUGUGUUUYAUCGUGACAGCCCUGGGAGUGACAGCAGGGGCCCAUCGGCUGUGGAGCCACCGCUCCUACAGAGCCAAGCUCCCUCUCAGAGUCUUCCUCGCAGCCGCCAACUCCAUGUCCUUCCAGAAUGACAUCUAUGAGUGGGCGAGAGACCACCGUGUGCACCACAAGUUCUCAGAGACAGAUGCAGACCCCCACAAUGCAACACGAGGCUUCUUCUUUGCUCACAUUGGCUGGCUGUUUGUGCGUAAACACCGUGAUGUCAUCGAGAAGGGAAAGAAGCUGGACGUCACUGAUCUCUUGGCUGAUCCCGUCGUCCAGUUUCAGAGAAAGUACUAUAAGACCACGGUCCUGAUAAUGUGCUUCCUGGUUCCCACCGUGGUUCCCUGGUACUUCUGGGGCGAGACGCUAUGGAACUCCUACUUCCUGGCRUCCAUCUUGCGUUACACCGUCUCGCUCAAUGUCACCUGGCUGGUGAACAGCGCCGCCCACAUGUACGGGAACCGACCGUACGACCAGAACAUCAGCCCCCGGGAGAACCGCUGGGUCACCUUCGGAGCCAUCGGUGAAGGUUUCCAUAACUUUCAUCACACUUUCCCCUUUGACUACUCUACCAGUGAGUUCGGGCUGCGUUUCAACCCCACCACAUGCUUCAUCGAUCUCAUGUGCUGGAUGGGCCUGGCCAGCAACCGCAAGAAGGCAUCCGUGGAAAUAAUACAGGCCAGGAAACUAAGGACAGGGGAGGGGAGCUACGGGGCAGUCAACACUAGACAAGAAAAAGAAACAUGAGUGGUGGUUCUCACUGAACCAAGUUGUGGUUCAGAAGUCCAUGAUGAAGACGUCAAUAUUUUCUUAUGCCGCCAUGCAUUAUGGUUUCUAAUCAUGAUUUGCCUGCUAUAUUUUCUACUUUGUUCUUUUUGGUCCYCACAAUUGCAUAUUAUGUUCUGACACAAAGGUGUAGUUUUUGACYCACUGGUUAGUUAAUCCAAGGUUUGAUGUGGAAACCAAGACAACCAGACACCUUUUGAAAUCAGAAUAUCAAAUCCUAGCAUUGAUACUUACCUGUUGCAAGAGCUGCCACAAGCUAGGUUCUACAGUGCAAUACCCUGUGGAGAAGGGUUUCUACUGCAGGGUGACUGGUGGUGAGACAUGAUCACUCCUGCAUUCAGGAUACACGUGCUGUUUAUUGUCAACAUUUUGGUUGUCAUGUCUUGGAAAAAGGUCACAGAAUGAAACGUGGACAGUAAAUGUCACAUGCAGAGGUAAUGGUGUGUGGGAGUUUACUCCUGUCACCUGUACCAAGUCACCCCACCCCCUCCAAUCCUUCAUCACACCUAGAGAUCAACUUAGGUGGUGUGAAAAAUGUGUUCCGGGUACAGCCUAUCAGUGACCCAGACAUACAGAAUACAUGAACGUCUAAAUAAGUUUAUUGCUAGUGUCAGCACUCUGACUGAGUGACUGACUCACUGACUGAGGAAGAACUGACUGACUGAUGACUGA